AUGACUCUUCCUGGAGACACUGACCCUAGCUAUGGCACCGCGCGAUCAGAGCCCAAUGCCGCCGCCUCCACCUCCCAACUCGCCGGUACUGAAGCGUUGCCGGAAUUAAAAUCUCUGCUCAAGGCGGGCUUAAAGACGUACCCAGAUUUCCCCAAGGAAGGCAUCCUCUUCGAAGAUAUCCUCCCCCUCUUCGCCUCUCCUUCUCUCCACCAAGCUCUGAUCCGAGCAUAUGAGCUACAAAUCAUCGAAAGCCUCGGCCGAGACAACCUUCCAGAUGUGAUUGUCGGCCUCGAUGCGAGGGGUUUCCUCUUUGGACCGACGCUGGCCCUGCGAUUUGGAGCGGGCUUUGUCCCCGUCAGGAAGGCUGGGAAACUCCCUGGCAAGAUCGAGACGGCCGAGUUUCAGAAAGAAUAUGGCACCGAUACGUUCGCCAUGCAGACCGAUGCCAUCAAGCCAGGCCAGAAAGUCCUCGUCGUCGAUGAUUUGAUCGCAACGGGGGGCUCGGCGGCCGCGGCAGGCACACUGGUCGAAAAAUGCGGAGGGACUCUUCUCGGCUACUUUUUCAUCAUCGAGCUUACAUUCCUGAAAGGCCGAGACAAGCUCAACGCACCUGUCUAUACGUUGCUCGAAAGCCAAUCGUAA